UCUGUUUCUUAUUUCACUUCAUAGCUUUGGUACACACUUCCUCUGUAGAAAGUUAGGCACACCUUCUGUGACUGUCUCUUUCUUCUCACACAGUCACCACCUUCUGUUUGCUCAAGAGAGAGAGUGAGAACCAUUGGUUCUCUGCAGGGCUUAAAACAGGGACGAAAAUCCCAGUUACAAAAAUAACAGUCAGAGAUUGAGUCUCAGAGAGAAAAAAUUAACCAACUUCUACCAUUCUGAGCACAAACCAAAACAUGGGUGUCACAGUUUUUCUUUUCUCCUUCCUAAUUUUCUUUACGAACCCGUUAUGGGUUUGUGGAAAUGCAGAGCUCAGAGCACUUGUGAACUUGAAAGCCGUUUUGGACCCUCAAAGCUUGUACCUUUCUUCAUGGACCGUUAAUGGAGACCCAUGUGACGGGUCGUUUGAAGGCAUCGGGUGCAACGAAGCGGGUCAAGUUGCUAAUAUUUCGUUGCAAGGAAAGGGGCUCUCUGGGAAGCUCUCUCCCUCCAUUGCAGGGCUCAAGCAUUUGACUGGUCUUUACAUGCAUUAUAACUCUCUGUACGGGGAUAUACCCAGAGAAAUUGCCAACUUGACUGAGCUCAGUGAUUUGUAUUUGAAUGUGAAUAAUCUCUCUGGAGAGAUUCCUUCUGAGAUCGGAAGUAUGGGCAGCUUACAAGUUUUGCAGCUUUGCUACAACCAGCUCACUGGAAGCAUACCCACGCAGCUGGGGUCUUUGAAAAACCUUACUGUUCUCGCUCUGCAAUCUAAUCGCUUAACCGGCGCAAUACCGGCAAGUUUAGGAGACUUAGAAAUGUUAAUGAGACUGGAUUUGAGUGUCAAUCAUCUUUUUGGUUCUAUUCCCACCAAACUAGCUGAUGUGCCCGUGCUUGAAGUUCUAGACGUUCGGAAUAAUACUCUUUCCGGCAAUGUACCUCUUGCUUUGAAGAGGCUUAAUGAAGGAUUCUCUUACGAAAACAAUCUGGGAUUAUGUGGGGCUGGAUUUAUGUCCUUAACAGCCUGCAGUGCUUUUGGUCAUCUCAACGCAAGCAGACCCGAACCCUUUGGAGCUGCUGCACCAACAAGAGACAUUCCCAAGACUGCAAAUGUGCCUUUGCCCUGCAAUCAAACUCGAUGCUCAAAUUUGUCAAAAUCCCAUCAAGCAUCUGUUGCUGUUGUUGUUGGUGUCCUUGUAGUAACUAUUGCAUUAUCAGCUAUAGGAGUUCUAUUCUUCACCCAACACCGUCGCCGGAAACAGAAGCUUGGGAGCUCAUUUGAUAUUUCUGAUGGCCGUCUAAGUACUGACGAGGCCAAGGGCAAGGGAGUUUACAGGAAAAAUGGAUCUCCUCUCAUCAGCCUUGAGUAUUCAAACGGGUGGGACCCUUUAGCUGAUGGGCGGAAUUUAAGUUUGUUUGCUCAAGAAGUGUUCCAUAGCUUUAGGUUCAACUUAGAAGAGGUGGAGACAGCUACUCAAUACUUCUCCGAGAUGAAUUUAUUGGGUAAGAGUAACUUCUCUGCAACUUAUAAAGGAAUAUUACGAGAUGGGUCUGUUGUGGCCGUUAAGAGCAUUGGUAAAUCAUGCUGCAAGACAGAGGAAGCUGAGUUCUUGAAGGGAUUGAACAUGCUAACCUCAUUGAGGCAUGAGAAUUUAGUGAGAUUGAGAGGAUUUUGUUGUUCAAAGGGCCGGGGAGAAUGCUUUCUCAUUUAUGAUUUUGUUCCAAAUGGAAACUUGCUGCGGUAUCUUGAUGUCAAGGACGGCGACAGCCAUGUUCUUGAAUGGACAACUAGAGUUUCUAUUGUGAAGGGCAUUGCUAAAGGUCUAUCGUAUUUACACGGCUACAAGCCAAACAAACCUGCUCUUGUUCACCAAAACAUCUCAGCUGAAAAGGUGCUGAUUGACCAGAGAUACAACCCCUUGCUCUCAGAUUCUGGCCUGCACAAGCUUCUUACCAAUGACGUUGUCUUCUCAGCACUCAAGGCCAGUGCAGCUAUGGGCUACCUAGCGCCUGAAUACACCACUACAGGACGGUUCACAGAGAAAAGUGACGUCUAUGCAUUCGGGGUGCUUGUUUUCCAAGUCCUAUCUGGGAAGCGGAAAGUCACUAGCUCAAUGCGUCUUGGUGCGGAGUCAGUCACGUUCCAAGACUUUAUUGACCAAAACCUCAAUGGCAGGUUCUUCGAAUACGAAGCAUCCAAGCUUGCAAAGACUGCUUUGCUUUGCACCCAUGAGUCUCCAAUUGAGAGACCAUCCAUGGAAGAAGUUGUUCAGGAGUUAAGUAAUUGUAAUAGUUGUGUCUGAUGCCUAAGUGCUCUCUAUUUUCGCCAACAAUCACCUCAAAACUAUUCAAAUAGGUGAUGGGCUAAUGGUUAGCCAAUACACUAACUGCUAACUUCGGAUGUAAUUGUAGGACUUCAUAUGUUGUAAUUUUCUGUGUCCUUUUCCUGAGGACGUGUUUCUAGACUAAUGUGUUAGGUGAAUAUUUGCUAUCUCAAGGUGACCUUCCCUGGGUUGAAUGACUCAGUGAUUUAUGUUGACCUCCAAUGUUUAUACCUCCUUUUACUUUUUUGCUCUCAUACAUUAUCAUUUUCUCA